CCACUCUUCGUCUGCAAUGAACAGAAUCGUGCAGAUCACCAACAGUUCCAUGUCCAGUGUUGGCGGAUUCAAGCCCUUCAAAGGAGCACCCCGACGGUUCUAACUCUCCCCAGAUCAGCUUCAGCUUAUUUUUCAAAAAUACAUUUUUUUAAGUAUUAAGUAUAUCUUUUGAGUAUUGUGUUUUAAGAGGCUGGUUUCUAGCCAUAAGGUUGAUAUAGAAAUGUUUUGUUYUGUAUAGGUUACCUCAAUGUAUGGUUUCCUAACAGUUGUGCUGUGACUUAAACCCUGUGCACAUAAUGUUCAACUUACCUUCAGAAUAGAAUUGUACAGCUUUAGUUAUUUGUAACAAGUUUGAUGUUAACUGCUCUUCCCCUAACUGAAACUCCAUGUACCGUAUGUAAAAUGUAAGCAGAUCAAUGUAUUCUUUAACCAUCAUUUUUAGUUAUGCCCCUGGUGCUUCUGAAGGUUAUUAAAUGAUACAUCUUGCUCA